AUGAGUUGUGGCACUAAGUCUUCGUCUAGUACCAUUAGAAUUAGCAGUGGAGGUGGAGGUGGUGGUGGUGGUGGAAGAUGCAGUGGUGGAGGUGGUGGAGGGGGUAGGUCUGGUGGAUACUCCUCAAUGUCCUCUAGAAGAUACACCUCUUCUGGAGGUGGUGGAGGCUUUUCUGGGAGAAGCUUUGGUGGAGGAGGCUCCAGGACCAGCUAUGGAGGAGGCUUCAGCAGUGGCAGCUGUGGGAGGAUCAGCCGCAGCAGCUAUGGUGGGAGAAUGAGUGGUGGCAGUUACGGAGGAGGAAUGAGCUGUGGAAGUAUGGGAGGAGGAUUUGGAUCAGGAGGAGGUGGAUUUGGAGGAAUGGGAGGUGGUUAUGGUGGUGGUGGAUACGGCGGAGGUGGACUUAGUGGCUUUGGGGGCAGUGGUGGCUUCGGUGGUGGUGGUGGUGGCUAUGGUGGAGGUGGUUUUGGUGGGAUGGGGUUUGGGGAUGAUUCUGGCUUGCUCUCCACAAAUGAGAAGUUGACCAUGCAGAACCUCAACGAUCGUUUGGCUUCUUACCUGGACAAAGUGAGACAUUUGGAGGAAGAAAAUGCUCACCUUGAGCAGCUGAUCAGGGAGUGGUACAAAAGCCAAGGUCCCACUCAGAGCAAGGACUACAGCCACUAUUACAGGACAAUUGAGGAACUGCAAAACCAGAUUGUUGGUGCCAAUGUGGACCUUAACAAGAUGCUGCUUGACAUCGACAACACCAGAAUGACUGUGGAUGACUUCAGAAUGAAGUAUGAGACUGAGUACAGUCUGCACCAGAGUGUGGCAAGUGACAUCAAUGGAUUACGUCCACUUUUGGAUCAGCUGACUCUAUCCAGGUCUGACUUGGAGACACAGUUUGAAUCCCUGAAAGAGGAACUGGUCUAUCUUAGGAAGAACCAUGAAGAGGAAAUGAAAGGACUGCAGACACAGUCUGGUGGGGAUGUCAGUGUGGAGGUCAAUGCUACUCCUGGCAUCAACUUGAUGGAAAAAUUAAAUGAAAUGCGUUGUGAGUAUGAAAGACUCAUCGAGAACAACCGGAAGGAGGUGGAAAGCUGGUAUGAAACCAAGAUGGAAGAAGUUAAUCAACAAGUCCACUCAAGCGGUCAGGAGAUACAAUCCAGCAACCAGCAGAUCUCUGAGCUGAGACGUGAAUACCAGAGCCUGGAAAUUGAGCUGCAGUCACAGAUCAGCAUGAUAGACUCUCUGCAAUCCAACCUGGAGGACACGGAACGUCGCUACAACAUGCAGCUGCAGCAGAUCCAGAGCAUGAUUGGCCCCUUGGAGGAGGAGCUGGCCAGCAUCCGCUGCGAGAUGGAGAGCCAGAACGAGGAGUACAAGAUGCUGCUGGGCAUCAAGACCCGCCUGGAGCAGGAGAUCCAGCAGUACCGGUCACUGCUGGAGGAGGGACAGCAGGACCUCGUAAUCCCAUCAGGAGGAAUGGGAGGAGGCAUGGGAGGAGGCAUGGGAGGUGGUAGAAUGGGAGGUGGUGGUUAUUCUGGAGGUGGAAGAGGAGGAGGUGGUGGCAUGAGCGGUGGAUUUGGAGGUGGUAGCAGUGGAAUGGGAGGAGGAAUGGGAGGAGGAAGCUGUGCAGGAGGAAUGGGAGGAGGAAGUAGUGGAGGAGGAAUGGGAGGAGGAAGUGGAGGAAUGGGAGGAGGAAGCGGCGGUGGAUGCAGUACCAUUGGAGGAGGAGGAGGAGGAAGAACCUCAGGAGGCAUGAGCAGUUCCCACUCCUACUCUUCAUCUUCCCAGUCGCAGUCCUGCAGGACUGGUGGUGAAAGCCAAGGCUAUGCAAGAAAAUCUUUUGACUAA